AUGGAUAAGUUGGAUUACACCCCCAAGUUUGCCCCUUUCUUCGGAAUGGCCGGCAUAGCCUUUGCGAUGACUUUCGGAUGUAUUGGCGCAGCAUAUGGCACAGCAAAGUCUGGGAUCGGAAUCUCGGGCGUGGCCACGUUUAGACCAGAUCUAAUAAUGAAGUCUCUGAUCCCCGUGGUCAUGUCUGGAAUUAUCGCAGUAUACUCGCUGGUCAUUUCGGUUCUGAUCGCAGGAGAUAUGGGGCCCCCUCCUCAGCUAAACUACAGUCUUUUCAAUGGAUUUAUGCACCUCGGCUGCGGCCUUUCAGUAGGUCUAACCGGACUUGCAGCAGGAUAUGCAAUUGGGAUUGUGGGUGAUAUGGGGGUACGAUCAUACAUGAAACAAUCGAGGAUAUUCGUUGGGAUGGUUUUGAUUCUGAUUUUCGCUGAAGUCUUGGGUCUCUACGGACUUAUUGUCGCCUUGAUCCUCAACACGAAGAGCCGAGGAUAG